AUGGGAAAUCAAAGUUCGAAGGAGAGCGGGUCGUCCAAGAAUUCCGGUGCCGCUGACCGCGGGGACAACCUGCAGUCUUAUCCAUCUUUCCCCAGAUCAGACACGAAGGAGUCCUCGCGCUCCUUUAAGUCGCUACGGUCGAAAAUACCGGGUGGUGGAAGGACGGACAGCCCACGAAACUCGGCGCUCUUGUCUACCGGCGACGCAAUCGCCGAAAAGUCGGAUGGCGCAUCUGUAAAAUCAGCCAAGAGCAGCAAGUCGGCGGUAUCACGCCCGUCGGCUCCCCAAUCGCCACAGUCGCCCCAGUCGAUUGAUACGAGCAUUAGCUCACCCUUGGAAGAGCCCGAGCCACCACCGUCGCCCGUCCAUUCCGCGUCCCUCAAGACUGGCCAUGGAGACAUCAUUGCCGCCCAGGCCAGCGGUGAAGUCGAUCACGUUUCCGACCAGCCGCCGUCGGCAGGUGUGAACCCCAACCCGCAGCUUCCCCAGCAGCCUGGCCAAUCCAUCCUCGUUAAGAAGGACAAUUCCAUCAACGUGGUUUCCCGAAGCCCCACGGCCGCCGGCACCCCCAAGGAAUCGGACUCCCCUCUGUUGGGAGGUGUAGCUAUAGGCGAUAUAAAGGAUAUUGAUCUGGACGACUUCAUCAAGCGCCUCUUGGAUGCUGCCUAUGCGGGCAAAGUGACGAAGAGCGUGUGUCUUAAGAACGCCGAGAUCGUUGCCAUCUGUCAAAGGGCGCGCGAAGUGUUUCUUUCCCAGCCGGCCCUGCUAGAGCUUGACGCCCCAGUCAAGAUCGUGGGGGACGUCCACGGCCAAUACACUGAUCUCAUCCGCAUGUUUGAGAUGUGUGGCUUCCCACCAAGUGCUAACUUUCUAUUUCUUGGAGACUACGUCGAUCGCGGCAAACAGUCCCUGGAGACCAUCCUGCUGCUGCUGUGCUACAAGCUGAAGUACCCCGAGAACUUCUUCCUUCUCAGGGGCAACCACGAAUGCGCCAAUGUCACCAGGGUCUACGGAUUCUACGACGAGUGUAAGCGUAGGUGCAAUGUCAAAAUCUGGAAGACAUUCAUUGAUUGCUUCAACACUCUACCUAUUGCAUCUAUUGUUGCGGGCAAGAUUUUUUGUGUUCAUGGCGGCUUAUCUCCUGCGCUGAGCCACAUGGAUGACAUCCGUAACAUCGCACGACCGACAGAUGUGCCUGACUAUGGUCUGCUGAACGACCUGCUGUGGUCUGAUCCUGCCGAUAUGGAGCAAGAUUGGGAGGCCAAUGAACGGGGCGUCAGCUACUGCUUUGGCAAGAAGGUUAUCACCGACUUCCUUACGACCCAUGACUUCGAUUUGGUCUGCCGUGCUCACAUGGUUGUGGAAGACGGCUAUGAAUUCUUUAACGACAGGGUUCUGGUCACGGUUUUCAGUGCACCAAACUAUUGUGGCGAAUUUGACAACUGGGGAGCAGUCAUGUCUGUUUCCUCGGAGCUUCUUUGCAGUUUCGAAUUAUUGAAGCCUCUUGAUUCCUCCGCAUUGAAGAGCCACAUCAAGAAAGGAAGAAACAAGCGGAAUACAAUGCUUCACAGUCCACCUGCGGCUGUCUACCCGCAGAGCGUAUAG